UCGGCCUCCCAAAGUGCUGGGAUUACAGGCGCUACACAACACCUUGCUAGCUCACAGAUAGGCUUUAAAUAGGGACACAAACUAUCAGAUUGCAUUUAAAAUAGAUCACUGGGGGCCCAGCACGGUGGCUCACGCCUGUAAUCCUAGCACUUUGGGAGGCCAAGGUGGGUGGAUCACCUGAGGUCAGGAGUUCAAGACCAGCCUGGCCAUCAUGAUGAAACCCCAUCUUAAAAAAAAAAAAAAAACCAUAGAUCACUGGGGCCAGGUGUGGUGGCUCACACCUGUAAUCCCAGCACUUUGGGAGGUCAAGGCUAGAGGAUGGCUUAAGCCCUAGAGUUCAAGACCAGCCUGAGCAACAUCGUGACACCUGUCUCUACAAAAAAAAAUUUUUUAAUUAUCUGGACAUGAUGGUGUGCACAUGUAGUCCCAGCUACUCCAGAGGCUGAGGUGAGAGGAUAGCUGGAGCUCAAGAGGUUGAGGCUGCUAUAAUCACACCACAACACUUUAGCCUGGGUGACAGAGUGAGACCCUGUCUCAAAAAAAAAAAAAAAAAAAGACAGCCAUUGCAGUACAUUGAGCUCCAUAGAGAUAGUGCCAGGGCAAGGGAGAGCCAGAUGGGUACAGGGUGACUCUGUGCCUCACUGAGGAAAAAUAACUAAACAUGGGCAAAGGAGAUCCUAAGGAUUCGAAAGGCAAAAUGUCAUCAUAUGCAUUUUUCAUGCAAACUUGUCGGGAGGAGCAUAAGAAGCACCCAGAUGCUUCAGUCAGCUUCUUAGCAUUUUCUAAGAGGUGCUCAGAGAGGUGGAAGACCAUGUCUGCUGAAGAGAAAGGAAAAUUUGAAGAUAUGGCAAAGGUGGACAAGGCCCAUUAUGAGAGAGAAAUGAAAACCUAUAUCCCUCCUCAAGGGGAGACAGAAAAGAAGUUCAAGGAUUCCAAUACACCCAAGAGGCCUCCUUCGGCCUUUUUCCUGUUCUGCUCUGAGUAUCGCCCAAAAAUCAAAGGAGAACAUCCUGGCCUGUCCAUGGGUGAUGUCGUGAAGAAACUGGGAGAUGUGGAAUGACACUGCUGCAGAUGACAAGCAGCCUUAUGAAAAGAAACCUGCCAAGCUUCUUUUCAUAGGAAAAAUACCAAAAGGAUAUUCCUGCAUAUUGAGCUAAAGGAAAGCCUGAUGCAGCAAAAAAAGGGAGUUGUCAAGGCUGAAAAAGCAAGAAAAAGAAGGAAGAGGAGGAAGAUGAGGAAGGCAAAGAGGAUGAGGAGGAAAAGGAAUAUGAAGAAGAUGAAGAUGAUAAUGAAUAAGUUGGUUCUAGCACAGUUUUUUUUCUUGUCUAUAAAGCAUUUAACCCCUCUGUACACAACUCACUCCUACAAAAAAAAUUUUGACAAAAGAAGACAAAAAUUGAAAAGAAAAGAAAAAGAUCACUGGGACCUGCAAUGUAAAGAAGGGUCUGAAGCAGGCAGCACUAGAGGCAAGAAGACCAGUCAGGCUUGCACGAGUCCAGGCAAGU